UUCAUCAAGGGCGAGCACGAGGCGGGACGUCAGGUCUUCCGCCGUACUGUCAAGGAUUACUUGGAGUGUUCGUACGGAUUUAAGAUGUCGAAUCGUGCUGUGGGAGGGAUGCUGCAGCGCCUUGGCUCCAAGCGCCGUAGGGGUAGGAUUAAUAUACCUCCGUUGAUCGAGGAGAGGAAAAACCGCAUCCCCUUCUUUCUUGUUAAGAUGGACCUCGCGAAAAGGGCAGAGGACGCUGGGAUCGCAGUAAUUGUGUACAUGGAUGAGAGCUUUGUUCACCAGGCGCAUGGUUCCGCGUACUCGAACUUUCCUUCUGACGAUAAGGGGGUUGUGCAGGAUGGGAUAUGCCGUACAACGGGGAAAGGUUUGCGUAUGAUCAUGGUGCAUGCGAUCACGAAGCACGGGCCCUUGGCCGAGCUACAGGAGAGAUUUCCUAUCCGUGAGGGUAGGUUCGAGGCUAAGGAAAAUCGUGCGAAGAAGAUUGAGCCUGGGGAGGCGGAUUUCGAAAGGUCAGAUGAGCAGACAGCAGAAUUUCUGUGGCAGGCCAAGUUGGCAACUGGAGAUUAUCAUAACGCCAUGACGGAUGGGAUGUUCAUGCAGUGGUUGAAGCACCGACUUACCCCGGCCUUCGAUGCGCAGUUCAAGAACAAGAAGAUAUUUCUCGUUCUCGAUAGCGCCUCAUACCACCACUGCUUUGACGAGGAGCUCAAGGUGCCCGAAACCAACAGCAAGAAGUACAACGUCGAACUCUUGCGGAAGUACGGUUGCACGUUGUUCAAGGUGACGCGUGAGUCGGAGGGGGGCUGCUGAGUACAACCUUGAGGUACCGGCGCAGGGGUCGUUACCCAAUGCGAACCGCAAGAACGGCGUCAGCGAAGAAGAGAUAGCCUCCGUCACUCGGACGUACUUCAAAACGA